AAGGAGUAUUGAAAUAUCCUUUCGAACCUUUUUGGGUAAUGUCUUCCCAUCCCAGAUCCUAAUCCUUAGCUUAUAGGAAGGAUCUUCUAGCAUUUUUUGGAGUUUGGCAAUACCUUGCCCUUUUUUGGGUUGAGGACGCAAGGGUGCACUAGAGUUAGUGUCACUGGCAUUACCACAUGUCUCCUCUUGAGUCUCCCACUAGGUCUCCCGAAAAAAGAUCAAAAGAAACCUAUAGUUCCAAUUGGAGAAGCAAAAUAGAAGCACAAGGAACAAGAAAGAAAGAAAUCAGAGACAAAGCUAAUGGUGAAGGAGAAAGGAACGAGAGAAGGAAGAAAGGAACAAGUAAACGAAUUUGAUGGAGAAGCGGAGAAGACAUACCGGCAGAACAGUGAUGGCAUCCUUUUCGAACCUGAUUUGGAACCCAGAAAUCUCCCCCCUGUAGGAAGCUUCCGGAUCUGCUCUGUCCUUCCUCCCCUAUCCGCCGACUGCUCUUGCUUGUGGGGUGUGAUUUGCUCCGGUUUUGGAUUCCGCCGGCCUUCCCCAAUCUGCACUCCGGUUUUGCUUGUUGGAUUUAUGGUAUGUGACAGCCUUUUAAGGCUUAAAUUAUCCAUUUAAAGUUGCUGCUUGUGAUGUCCGAAUUUGGCUAGGAAAUGGGGAAAUUCCGGUAGCAAUUAAGAGGGAUUUAAGUGUGUUUUGUUGCUUAAUUCAAGUGAGAUUUAUGUGAUUGAGUGUUAGACGGUUGUUGUGAUUUUUGGAGAAAAUCCCGUGAGAUUAGCUAGUGUUUUGGCCAAUUUGUGGAAGUAUAGUUACUGUUCACCGGCACUGUUCACCGGCACUGUUCACACCCCGAGGGCCAACAAUUAACGGGGAUUUAAGUGAUUAGUUUGUGAUAUAAGAACGAAUUUAGAGAUAUCUGAUAAUGUGGAGAUGAAAUAGCAUUGUGAUUAGGAAUGAUCCUAAUGAUGAGUUUACCUUGAAUUUGUGAUAGUGGUAUUAAUUCUUGAAAUAUCUUGAUUAGGUUCUUGAUCGUCCUGUCAGUUUAGUACGUGAAUUGAGUGCUCGGUUUUGCGGAGUGAGGUAAGUAAAUUUAUGGUAAUGCCCGUACUGUUUUAAAAGCAUGUUUUGAUUUGUUUUUGAAGUGAUGGCGGGACUAAACCCGUUUUACACAAAUAUGACUGAUUUGAAGUGAAAUGUUUUGUGUUUUUCAUGAAAUUGAGCAUGCCUACUUGAAAUUUAAUUGAUUGUCCCGAUGAUUUGGAAGUGAUUAGUGAAUUAUGAAUUUUCUGUUAACUUCUGCCUGUUUUGUCUCUGAUACGGUCAUGUUAUCCUGUUGCCCGCUAGUGGGAAGUCAAAUG